GAAAAUCGCCUGCAAAUGCAAAUAAGCAGUCAUCAUUUAAAUUAAGCAUUAUUGAUAAGUCGAAUACAAGAGAAUGAAGAUCUAUGAAGUAUAUUUUGUAAUGAGCUUCUUGCAAAAGGACCCUUGAAGGGGUCGUGAAGCGAAAGUUAGCUUUCUAACGAAGUUAAUCACACAACCAGACCAACGAAUUUGCAGUCGUCCGUCUUAUCACCAUGGCCUGUGAACAACGCUUGCGGUCCCAUCAGAGAUCUACACAGAUGCUGCCACGUUCAGUUGCCACCGAGCAGCAGUCUCUAGUGGUUGUUAAAAAAUUACUAGCAAUUGCUGUUUCCAGCAUAACCUACCUCCGAGGUCUUUUUCCAGAAAAAGCAUAUGGGAGUAAAUAUGUUGAGGAGCAGAAAGUGAUGAUUCUUCGAGAGGAGCGGACUUGCCCUGGUGCUAGUCAGAUUGUUCAGUGGUUGCAGGGAUGCUUUGAUGCUCUUCAGAAGAGAUACCUCCGUGUGAUUCUAUUAUCUAUGUACUCUGAUCCAGAACACCCAGAGGAAGUAACAGAAUGCUACCAGUUCAGGAUUCAGUACACUGAAAAGGGGCCUCGGCUCGAUUUUGAAAGCAAAAGCCAGAAGAAUGUGACUAAGAUGGACUGCAACGACAUGAAGAAAGCAAGUAUUCUGUUGGUGCGUAAACUGUACACACUAAUGCAGAACCUCAGCCCACUUCCAGAUAGUGUGUGCCUCAACAUGAAGCUCUCCUACUAUAAUGAUGUGACUCCACAGGACUACCAGCCACCGGGUUUUAAAGAGGGUGAAAACGACAUGCUGGUCUUUCAGAAAGAGCCGGUGAAUCUGACCAUGGGAGAAGUUAUCACGCCUUUUCAUACUCUAAAAGUGGAUGUGACCACCGAGCGAGAGAGACUGGAACAGGUAGAUGAUGAGCCGAUAUGUGCCCGAGAUAGAUGGACUUUGAACAUAAAUGAAGAACUGAAGUGUGGGUCAAAGGUUGAGCAGCAUAAAGAAAAUGUUGUUAUUGACACUGGCAUUGAGAACUCAGACCUGAGCAAAGAGGAGAUGUUGGAGAAUUCACAGUUCAUGGCAGACACGCUUGUAAAGAAAACAGCUGAGCUCGAUGUGACUACCAGGAAAACAAGGAGUGGACGAGUGAUCAACUACUCAGAAAGUAAAGAUACACUGCCUUCAUCCACAGAAAAGAAACCGGUUUCUCAGUUUCAGUUUCCUCUUAGUCAAGACCCUGUGCCUGCUGCUCCAAAGAGGCGCAAGUUCAGUGUCCCUAAAGAAAACCACUGACACACUGCUACAAACAAAACAGUGGAACCAAACUGCUGGAACAUAGAAAAUAUUAGCCUACAUUGUAUAUGGUAUAUAAAAAUAGCUGAGGUAGUUUUGUCUCUCUGGACAUGUAGCAUGAAAUUCUAAAAAACUCUUUUGUUGGCACUAAUCAGUAUAUUACUUAAUAGAACUUUCAUGGCUUGUUUAAUCGGUGAUAUGUUGGUUUUUACAUGUUAACUAAGUCAAAUCUGUUUAAAUGCAUACAAAUAGCAACAGUUUUCAUUUUAACAAUUGGUUUGAUACCAGCAUGUAUUGUUUAUUUGAAUUCUAAAUGCAUACUUACUUGUUUUAAUAUUAAUGUAGUUCAGACUUUUGAAAAAAAAAAAUAUAUAAAUAUAUUUCUGUGAUCAA